GCACUUGACCCGCUAAAUAAUCGAGUUUAAAAGGGUCUAGGAAGCUUGAACGGAUCAAUCCGGCGUAGGAAUCGGUUUCGAGAGGACGCGAGCUAUCUAGGAGUAACUCAAGCUUGAAAGUUCAAUUUGACGAGAAAAAAAAGAAGAAACCUCGUGGAAUCUCGGCGGCGUUGUUGGACACAGUAACGUGGCCCUUGCUACGGAUUGCUGUUGUGUAGCAGUUCUUGUCAAGUUUGAAGACCACUGUCUGCGGAAACAUGAGUGGCAAAAAGAACAGGAAGUUCAAGGGAAAGGCCUUGGACCUCAAUGAGUACCUCGGAGACAGCGGAAUCAUCAAUGUCAAGCAAGGAUUCCAAGUAGUUCAGAAAAACUUCCUGGAAGAUGCCUCCGGAUCAGAUAUUGGACCGAUUGUCCUGCCCACAGCUCCGAUUUCCUCUCGAGGAGGGAAUGUCGACGAAACAAAAGUUCCCAGGGAGCCCCCGUACGUCGCCUUCCUCGGAAAUCUACCCUUUGAGAUCAGCGAGGACGAAGUCGCUGGGUUCUUCGGAGAGUUGAGGUUGUCCAGUGUGCGUUUCGUGAGAGAUUCUUCAGAGCGCUUCCGAGGUUUCGGGUAUGCAGAAUUCCAAGAUCGGGCCGCGCUCAUCGAUGCUCUCGGAUUGGACGGUGAUAUACUCAGAAACCGCGAGAUCCGAGUGAGUUUACCAAACGACAGUGAAAAUGAGGGCCGCGGUGGUUUCGGACGGGACUCCGGGAGAUCGGGAGGCUUCAUGUCUCGAUCUGAACGUCCGAUGGAGCGGGAUCUUCCCAACGACUGGAGAGCAGCUGCCCGCGAAGAACAGUCGACCCGGGGAUUCGACAAUUACAGUCGCCCGGAUCGCUACGGCGGUCGCGACGGGGGCUCAGGGGAUCGCGAUCGCGAUCGCGGUGGAAACGAGAGCAGAGACUGGAGAAGCGACAGCCGUGGUUUCUCAGGACGUUACGAACCUCCUCGGGAUCGUGAGGAGACGUCGUCGGCGCCGGCCGGGAGGCCGAAGCUGAAGAUCGCGCCGAGAACGCUGCCUGUUGAUCCUAUCAAGGUAAGCCACCGAGUCCAGGAGGAUCCUCUACCAGAAAAGAAGCCAGAAAAGCCCAAAGUGGAGAAACCCAAAGCAGCGGAUAUCUUCGGUGCUGCGAAGCCGGUCGAUACCGCAGCUAAACUUCAAGAGAUAGAGAAACGUCUCGAAGCUAAACAGAGAGAAGAGGCCGAAAAAGCGAAGCAACAGGAAAAGCUUGAACAACAGAAGGCUUCUUCGAAAGAGACGUCGCCACGCCAAGAGCAACCGUCGGAGGACUCAUCGAAAAAGUGGCGCGAAGAAAUCCGUGUCGAAAAAGAGAAAAAAGAGCGAAAGCAGCGCUCUGAGAGAAGAGCUCCAGCUCAAAAUCUGGAAGAACCUCAAUUCAACCCAACUAGUAAGAACAAAUACGCCGACUUGGACGUUAGCGAGAAUCAGGACGGAUCCGGCGCCGAGGAUGGCAUUGAACCAGAAAACUGACGGCUCCAUCCCUGUAAAUAGUUGCCGACUCGGUCGCUCUCAAUCCAACGAAUGGAUGUUCGAACGAAAUCAGAAGGGAGUGUUACGGAGACCAACGGAGACGACCGGAAAAUCAAGUGGAAGAGGUCAGGAUCGGAAGAAUAAUCGGGUGCGGGAGGCAGUGAUGAGGAAAAAAAUUGAAGAGAGAAGAAUCAUUCGUCGAAACAUACUUGUUGCAAUCAUCGUCGUCGACUUCGAAUCAUUGGAACCUAGGUUGUGUCCGACUUUUGUACGAGUUCGCUCUUUUCGAGCAGUGGCAGUUGGGUAAACGUCCUGAAUGUUUAUUCAUCGUCUUAAAUAAACAACCACAA